AUGAACUGCACUGUAUAUGAACAAAAAUGUUCUUCAUAUUGUUCACCAGAUUCCAUUUGUCGACCUGGUCAACGUGGUCUCAUUAAAAAUCCAGAUAAUCCGUUAUGCAUAUGUUCUCUCGACUAUUUUGGUCCUAGUUGUCAUAUACGAAAUGAAGCAUGUAAAUCAGAUCCUUGCGGCUUGAAUGGAACUUGUCAUUUAACGAACGAUCCAACUGGCGACAAACCAAUCAUUUGUCAAUGCUCAAAACAGUUCUAUGGCGAUCGAUGUCAGUAUGAGAAAGUCGCGGUUGCAAUUGAUGUGAACAUGACUUUAACACCAAGUGUUAGUGUCAUUCAGUUUUACGACUCGGGCCAGCCUUCAUGGUCUAUACUCACAUUACGACAUCAGAUGAUCACUGGUGGACUGCCGCUAACCAUACGUUAUUAUCAUGACCAAGAAAAGGCUCCGAUUGUGAGUCUGCUAAAAACUUACGAAGGUUUUGCAGACCCUCAAUACUACGUGCUCUACAUUCAAUUGGAUAGUGCACUUAUCAAUCUCACUUCAACGCCUAGAGUGUGUCCAAAUGCCAUAUCACUACUGCCUAUAAGUAAGUUAUUUGCAUUUUGA